AUGCGCGAUGCACUCAUAGCACGUGGAUUGACACCACAACCAAUCCUCGAUCUAUCGCGACCUUUAGAUUUGGGAAAUGGCAAAAUGGCGGAUGUUGAAUUUCGAGUGACUACCUUAAAACCCAAUUCUAUCCCCGGUAGCGAUGUCUUCUACUGUCAGCAUAUUACACCGGAUUUGGUCUGGCGUCCCGAGUGGCAAGCGCAUACAAAUGGUUGUAUCGGAAUGACUCGACUUAGUAUCAAUGUGAACGAUCCAAAGGCGGCAUCCGAGUUAUAUCUUCGUGCGAUGGACGUCGUCAAGCUCGAGAACACUGAAGCAAAUACUUGUAUUAUUCACUUAUCAAAUUUUGAAAUCACACUUGUUCAUAAGACCGACAAACCUUUGGGUAUGUUCAAACUGGUGUUCGGUACUGAUUCACUUGAAAAAGUGAGUGAGGCCCUUACUCAAGGUGGGGUAGAUUUUCAUAAAGAAGGUGAGCGUAUCGUCGUCGAAUCACUAUCGCACAUUAAUUGCGAGCUGGAAUUUGAGUGUAUCAUAUAAUCUCAACUCCAAUGACUACUCUACAUUUCGGGAUAAAUGAAUGGAUUAUAAAACUCAAACAAUUGCUUAACUUUAUAUGAACAAUUGAAUCUAUAAUUUUUACAGAUUUCUCGAGUUCAAAGUGGAUGUUUUAGUUUGAAGAGGAAAGUUUUCUCUACAAAUCGACAUAUAUCUUUUUUUUUUGGAAUCAAAAGUAUUUGUAAAAAAUAUAAUUUCUUCUUCCAUUGAACAACCAGAAAUGGAAAUAUCUGUCAAUAGCUAUGCAGGAAGAAGAUCAGUGGUUGUGUAUAGAAUUUUAUUCCUUUCGAAUAUAGUCUUUAUAAGAUAUAAAUUGUUUGAAAUAUUUAUAUUUUCUACAAUGUCUACAAAAAAGUACAAGAAAUGCUUGUGAUCGCUGAAAAAUCUAAGCUAUUCGGUGAAUAGGAAAAGGUACAUAGUAAAAUUCGUAAAUUUGAUUUAUUGUUUCUACUUUCAUAUACAUAAACAUACAGAUAUGAUUUAAAAUAAUAGUAGUCAUAUAAACAACCAAGUUAACUUCCAUAGACAGUUAAUUAUUUGAUAGAAUAUUAUUACCAUUCGUUUUAGGUUUUUUGAUCACUUCGGUACAUGAAUCAAAUGAUUAUAGAUCGAUGUAAGCAUAACUAUUGAUGGGUGUGUAAGUGUAUAGGGUAUAUGAGUAAGAAUGGCGCACACAUUACACUAUAUUCUCACGAAUACAUAAUUACUCACAUCUACAUUCAAUCCUUCUUCACACAACAUUCAAAAUUAAACUCUUUUGUUGAUAAUUCCAUCACGAAUCUAUAGUUUAGUUAUGAAAUUAUAAAAGAAAAUCAAACUUAGAUAUCUUGUAUAUUCGAUUUGAAUAAGUUGAGAUAUUGAAGGGAAAAAGUGAGAGUAGAUGAUUCGAUUAUAAUCGAAUAAGUUGAAUAAAAUAUGAUAUUAUUGAUUAAAUGAGUCGAUGAUCAAUGAAUUAUCAACAAACAUUCUAUUUAAUAUUUAUAAGAUAUAAAGUUAAAUCAUAGAAUAUGAUCCGAGUUCUUCAGGUGAGUAUAAGUGAAUAUGCUUUUGAAUUGAUAAGAAUAUUUGGGUAGCUUUUUCUUUGUUGGCCUUGAUUUACGAAUAACUAUAUGAAACAAGACGUUUGCAUUAUGUCUGGAGGAUCAUUUUUUGGCAUAAAUUUAUUUAUUUCAUAUAUUUUAAAGAAAAGAAAAAAAAACGAUAAAAAUUUGUUCAUUUAUACAAAACGGUUACAUAUUUUUUUGAGAUUAAUAUAAGCAGAAAUUUAAUUAUCAAUGAUUACAUAUGAUUGGUAAUGAUUAUUCUGACUAGUUUCAUCAUAAUCAUUUUUUUCUUCUUCAGUUUAAUAUUUCCUUACUCUCUUCUGCCAAAUGUCACAAAUAUUUAUUUUACAUAUCUAAAAUAUGAGACAUGCAUCUUUCGCAAUCAAGAUAUUGUAGAAUAGUUUUCAUUUAGAAGUGAAUUUUAGUAAAUAAUUUUGUUUUGAGUUUUUCAAAGAGACAAAAAUGUGAUUCAUUAUUUUCAUUAUAUAUAGAUUUGUAAUGAAAUGUUUCGUGUUCUAUUCUCAUUCAUAUAAAAUGCAAUACUUGUCUUAUACUCCUUAUGUAAAUAGUUAUUGAUCGAAAACGCAUGUGAAUGCGUUCGGAAUUGAACUUGUGUUCAGGCAUGUUUUUGAAAGAGAAUGCAUUCUUAGUUAUUUAAUAUAAAAUAUCUAACAUAUAACAAGCUUUUUAGGUUAUUUUUCUCAAAAAUAAUUUUAUGAAUUUGUUUUUAUUAUAAUAAUAUUCUUUUUUUUUAUUGCCCACUAAAUGCGAUUAAUAUUCAGAAAACUUUUUAAUUGUAGUUAUAAAAUGAUAAAUUAUUUUUAGAAGAAUUUAUUUGAUAGAAGUAUGAUAAAAAUCGUCAAUUACAUAAUUUAAACAAUAAUAUAUUUAUUAAUUUCCUAAAAAAAAAACAUUGAAUAUCUGAAAACUAUUGUGUGAUUAUUAUUUAUAGAAAGAUUAGAGAAAUAUGAAUUAUAUAGAUUAUGUUUAAUAAAAUUUUUGUUUAUUUCAAUAUUAUCUAGAUAUUCUUUAUUGAAUCGUCUAACAAAAUGUAGAUAAAUAAAAUAUAUAUAAAUUGACAAUUUCGAUCACUUGGUUAACUUUUCUCGAACAAAAACCGUUGGUAUAAAAUUAGAUCUGAAAUGAACACGUUCAAUAGUUUUCAGAUACGUGUAAGAAAUGACACAAUUUGUUAUCACCACGUUUCAACCCAUUGAUUUUGCGUUUCGUAUUUACAUAGAUCGUAUGUUUCUGAGAAGAACACCAGUUGUGAUAGGUGGAAUUGUAGCAAUUAUAAAAGAUAUUACCCCAAUAAGGAUUUUUAUUAUCAUUCUUAUUCAAACAGAGACAGUCUUUGUCACUGUAUUUAUUCUCGACUAUUUCCAACCAUUCAAAUUUAUUUUGAGUCAACUAAGUAUGUCUAUACUGUUCGAC